UUCUUCUUGGUAAUCAGAGCGCAGGUCUCUUCCUUCCUAUGUCGACCAGCCCUCCCUCCUCUCCCGUCGACGACGGCCUCGGCCACAUCCCCUCUGCCGAUGACCUCGCCGCGGCCGCUGCCGCCUCUGAGCGCCCACACGCCUCGCUAACCCCGGAUCUCUCCAACUCCGGCGGCCUGCCUCUCGCCACGUCCUCACCCAACCCUAUUCCCCCGAUCCCUCUUUCUGUGCCAACCACCACCCCACCUCCCGGCGGCCUUCCUCCGAGCAUCGCCGGGGUCGUCGACUUCAAGUUGGCCCUGGAUGGGACUAACUUCACUCGCUGGCGCAACUACUUCAACCUCCUCUUCGCGCGGUACCACGCGGAGACGCACGUGCAGGCCGGCGCCUCGGCGCGCCUCGCCGAUCCACAGUGGCGCGACGACGACAACACUAUCCGCCUCUGGUUCUUCUCCACGAUCGAAGGUGAUCUCCUCGACCUCGUCGCCCCGCCCGACUCCACUGCUUACACCAUUUGGCAGCGCCUUCACGAGUACUUCCUCGCCAAUGAGGCCGAGCACGCGAUGCACCUCGGCCAGGAGUUCCGGGCGUGCGUUCGCGGUGACCUCUCCAUCAGCGAGUACUGUCGCCGCCUCCAGGGCAUCGCCGCCGCCCUCGCUGACGUCCGAGAGCCGGUCACCGACCGCACCCCGACCCUGCAGAUGCUCGAUGGCGUCGGCAAGAAGUUCGAACUGCCGGCCGCCAUUAUCCAGUCCACCGUGCCGCUGCCCAAGUUCGCCCAGGCACGGUCCCGCCUCGUCCUCGCCAAGCUCGCCAUCGACAAGCGCGCACGCACCGAGGGCGCGCAGGUGCUGGCCGCGCUCCACGACGACGCCAGGGGCGCCGACGGACGCGGUGACCGCGGUGGCGGCCCUCCUGGCGGCGGUCCUUCGCCUGGCGGUAACGGCGGCCGUGGCGGUCCUCCAGGCGGCAACGGCGGCGGGCAUCCCGGCGGUGGCAACCGCGGGCGUGGCGGCCGUGGCCGUGGCGGCCGUGGCCGGGGUCGCGGUGAUCCUGCUGGCGGUGGCGGCGGACCACAGCCGUGGCUGGGCUACUUCGCCCCCAUGGGCAUGCCCUUCCCGCCGCUGCGCUCUCCGUGGAUCCCGCCCAACUCUGCGGGCGUACUCGGCCCACGUCCGGGAGCGCCCCAUCAUGUCUACUCCGCGUACACGACGGCUCCGACUCUGCCUCCACCACCUCCGUACGCCGCUGCCUCGCCCUACUCAUGGGAUGCCACCGCCAUGUUCCACGCCGCGCCAAGCCAGGGGCACGGCUACCCACCUCAGGCCGAUUGGAUCAUGGACACUGGCGCGUCCUCCCAUGUCACCGGUGACCCAGGAUCUUCACACCAAGGAGGUUCUUCUGAGGUCCAAUAGUGGUGAUGACCUCUACCACUUCUCCGGCGACCAUGGCGGCACCACACCAGCGGCGUGUGCACUUGCGACUUCGGAUCUCUGGCAUAAACGGCUCGGGCACCCGGGCUCUUCUUCUUUAGCUCAUUUCCCGUUUGAUGUUUCAUCCAAAUGUAAUAAACCCCCCAAGUCUCCCACAUGUAUUGCUUGUCAACAGGGAAAACACACCCGCCUCCCUUUCUCCACCUCGACCACCUAUACCACUGCGCCAUUUCAGCUUUUGCAUUGUGACUUGUGGACUUCUCCCAUUGUUAG